AUGACAGUCUCUAGAGAUCAUUACUACAAGCUCAGUAGUGACAUUGAGCAAGAAAGAAUCACUUCUUCAAUCGCAUUACUUACAGAGUUAAGUGAAGCUAAUGAUGAAUCUGAAUGGGAAUAUGCAUUAACUAGAUUGAUUAAAGGUCUUUCAUCUUCAAGAGGUUCUUCAAGAGUUGGGUUUUCUACAUGUUUAACAGAAUUGAUCAAUAUAAGACGUGAAAAUGGUUCAUUAUCCCUAAAGCAAUUACUUGAGCUCAUAAACACCAAUACUAAAGUUUCAAGCUCAAUGAAUGGUAAAGAAGAACGUGCUGUCUUGUUUGGUAAAUUAUUUGGUUUACAAUGUAUUUCUAAUGUUAAUUCUGGUGUUUUUGCCUCAGAUAUCUCAAGUGAAAAUUUCAAAUUAUUCACUGAUAACUUAUUCGAUCUUGCUUCACAAAAAUCAUGGAUUAGAGAACCAACCUUAUUUACAAUGGUUGGAUUAUUAGGUUCAGUUUAUUCUAAAUUAAGUGAAGAUUUAAUUCUUUACGUUUUCACAAAAUUAGAUGAAUAUCAAUUAUCAUUAACCACUGAAGGUGUUGCCUUAUAUCUAUCUGUCCCUUCAACUUUCAGAAAUACUACAUUAAAUUCAACAACAUUCCAAAAUCCAACUUGGAAAGAAGCUGAUCCAUUAAAACAAGUAAAUAUUGCAUCUUUAGCUAAAGUAUUGAAAGAUGUUUCCACUGGUGAUGAUUCGGAUGAUAACAAUACAAAAGGUAAUAAUAAAAAAAAGGGUUCUUGGUCACCAAGAUUACAUUUUGUUUGGCCAUUAAUUGUUAAAGAAUUAACAUCACUUAAUAAUAAUAAUAAUGAACCAAUUGAUCAACAAGUUGAAAAUUCUAAAAAAAGAAAAAAAUCAAGUAAUGAAGGUAGAAAAAAAUCCAAAUCAAAUGGUAAAAAUCCAAAUAAUUCCACUUCAGAAUAUAUUAAUAUUGCAGAAUUUUGGAAAGUUAUUAUUGACGAAGGGUUCUUUAGUGAAAAAGCUUCACAUGAACGUAAAUUUUGGGGAUUUGAAAUUUUUGAAUUAUUAUUCGAAUCAGUCCAACCAGAACAAUCAUCUCCAUUAUUUACACAAAAUUUUAUGAGAACUUUAAUUAAUCAAACUUCAGAUAGUAAUAGAUUAUUAAAUAAAGUUGCCAAAAAGACAUUAAACAAAAUAACAGAAAUUUCAAUAAAUCAACCAGAAAAGAUUAUUCAUGUUUUACAAAAUGUCCUAAUUGGUGAUUUUGGUAGUUUACAAUUUGAUAGAUUAACAAAAUCUAAAACUGUGGAAAAAUUAUUAACUGAAUCAAAAGCAAAUUCAACAAUUGCAAAAUUUUUCAUAAAUGUAUUGAAGAAUCCAAUUGUUAAAAAUCAAGAUUCAGGUAAAGAAUCUGAACUUAAAACACAAAAAUGGGCAAUUGAUCAAUUAUUACAUCUUGUUCGUGGUAAGAAAUCUUCAAUUGAUAUUGAAACUGAUUUAAAAUGGUUAGACUCAGUAUUGAAAUCAUUAGUCCAUAUUGCCUUUUUCAAAAAAUCAGAUGAAGAAGAAUCACCAAUUGCAGAAUUUGCUCAAGAAAGAUUGAAUUCCAUCUUAUCAGAUGUUGUUACCAUUGAACGUACUGAUAAUCAAACAUGGUCUUUCAAGACAUUAAGUUUCUUAACUGAAUAUUCUGGUGAAAAAGUACCAAUUUUUGAAUUUGAUGAAGAAUUAGGUUCAGUUAAGGAUAAAUCUUUGAAAAUUUUAAAAAAAAUUAGAAAUAAAAGAGAAAGUUCAAAACAUAUUGAUAAUUCAAGACUUUUAGUUUUUGAAUUAUUAUUUUCUAUGGUUACAAUUCAAUUAUUUUCUGGUGGUGCAGAAUCUGUUGAUACUUUACAAGAAUUACAAGAUUAUUAUCAUGCUCAUAAAAAGGAAAGCGCUGAUGAUGAAGAUAAUGAUGAUCAACAAGAUAGUAUUAUUGGUAUUGUUGAAAUUCUACUAAAUUUUGUUAGUCAAAAAAGUUCAUUAUUGAAAAAAUUAAGUAUGAUUGUAUGGGAAAAUUUUUGUGAAAAAAUUGAUUUAGGUGCAUUAGAAUUAUUAUUUGAUGUUAUAAAGACCAAGGAAAAUAAAGAAGGUCAAAAAGCAUUAUUUGAAGGUGAAGAUGAAUUUGUGGAUGAAGAUGAAGAAGAAGAAGAACAUAGUCAUGAUCAUGAUGAUGAUGAUGACGAAGAUGAAGAAGAAAGUGAUAGUGAAAGUAGUGGUGAUGAAGAAGAUGAAGAUGAAGAUAACGAUGAAGUUUCUGAAUUAGAUAAAAAGACAAAUCUUGCAUUAGCUGAAGCUUUAAACAUUUCUCAACAUAAUGGGGAAGUUACAUUUUCAAGUGAUGAUGAAGAUGAUGAUAUGUCUGAUGAAUCUAUGGAUGAUGAACAAAUGAUGGCUAUUGAUGGACAAUUAUCAAAAAUUUUCAAACAACGUCGUGAUGCUUUAGACAACAUUCAAACUGGUAAUAAAAGAAAAGCUGAAGUUCAAGAUGCAAGAUCAAACAUCUUGUUGUUUAAACAUCGUAUUCUUGAUUUACUUGAAACUUUUGCUAAGAAAAAUCCAAAUAGUGAAUUACUUGUUUAUACAGUGGAACCAUUAUUAACAGGUUUAAAAUUAACUUUAGAUAAAUCAUUAGGUACAAAGAUUCAUAAAUUAUUGAAGAAUAGAAUUUGUAAAUCAAAAAUUGAAAUCAAAACUCUUGAUAAAGAUUAUUUAUUUGAAUUACUAAAAAACAUCCAAACAGAUUCAUUAAAAACAUCAAAUACAAAUGAUUUUAAUCUUUCAUCAUCACAAUGUUCAAUCUUCAUUUCAAAACAAAUUUUAGCAUUAGAUGAAACUUCAGCUGAUUUAAUUAUUGAUCAAUAUACUGAAUUAUUGAAAAAAUGGUGGACUAAGAAAAAUUCAAGAUUAACAAGUUCAAUAUUUUUCGAUUUUAUCAAUUGGUUAAGUUCCAAAAGAAGUCAAAAUUAG